AUGACGAGCUGGUUCCCAAGAAGAAUGACCAGCUCCUCUUCCAGCGCUCCUGUGGCGGCGGCGGCAGCAGCGGUGGCGGCUCGGGGCGGGCGCCAGCCACAUCCCCUGGCCACAUCCCCCGGCAGCGGCGGCGGCUGCGCACCGUUCCUCACUCUCAAACUUCUCAUCUCCAAUCUGGAGGAAGACGGGACCCAGGACCGGAGGCUACAGAAGAGAGAAGCGGCUACGUCUGAAAACGAGGAAGAAAGAACUGGCUCGGGAGGGCUGGCAAGGCGAACGCGGAGCCGAGCUCAGCGGGCAGCCGGCCCCUCCCGACCAGAAGCUCCAGAUUCCACGGUCGCUCUGCCGCUCCGAGAAACUGGGCCGCCAGACAAUGCUGGCAACCCCCGGCUUCAAUAUUGGCCCUUCUCUACAAGCGAUUUAUAUAAUUGGAAAAAUCAAAAUGCUAAAUUUUCCGACAAUCCUAAAGACUUGAUUUCCCUUUUAGAUAGUGUCAUGUUUACACAUCAGCCUACUUGGGAUGACUGUCAGCAGCUACUCCGGAUUUUGUUCACAACCGAGGAACGUGAAAGAAUCCAGAUGGAAGCCAGAAAGUUGGUCCCAGGAGACGAUGGACAACCCACUGUAAACCCUGAUUUAAUUAAUGCUUCUUUCCCCUUGUCCAGGCCUCCGCAAGAUGAAUGGAACUAUAAUACGGCUGAAGGAGCUCAAUAUUCAGCCUUGACUGACCCUCAAGGAAAGAUAUCAACAAGCACCUCAUGGGUGCAAGGGGCUACAGGGAUUAAAAAGUGCCCUUGGACAACCAAAAGAACAGUAGACUUGGGAACGGGAAAAGUGUCUCACUCGUUCUUAGUCAUACCUGACAGCCCCUAUCCCUUGUUGGGAAGAGAUUUAUUAACCAAAAUCGGGGCUCAAAUUAAUUUUCACCCUGAAGGUGCCCAGGUAACCGAUGGGCAAGGAAAAUUGCUACCUAUGCUAACUCUUACUUUGGAGGAGGAAUAUCGGUUACACCAGCAGCCGCGGUCCCCUGAUAAAAACAUUGAAGACUGGGUAAGGCGGUUUCCAGAUGCCUGGGCAGAGACUGGGGGAAUUGGGUUGGCUAAACAUCGGCCCGCCCUCUAUAUAGAAAUAAAACCAGGAGCUAACCCCGUUAGGGUUAAACAAUACUCCAUGCCCAGGGAAGCUCAAAUAGGAAUAACCCCCCAUAUCCGGCGACUGCUGAACCAAGGAGUACUACGUCCUUGCCGAUCGGCAUGGAACACCCCCCUGCUUCCAAUACGGAAGCCUAACUCAAACGAGUACCGCCCAGUUCAGGACUUAAGAGAAGUAAACAAAAGGGUGGCAGACAUACACCCUACUGUGCCUAAUCCGUACACACUUCUGAGUGCGCUUCCCCCUUACAGACAAUGGUAUACGGUGCUGGAUUUAAAAGAUGCCUUUUUCAGCCUGCCUCUAGCUCCAAAGAGCCAAGAGCUAUUUGCCUUUGAAUGGACAGACAUUGAUGAGGGUAUAAAUGGACAACUUACCUGGACGAGAUUGCCGCAAGGAUUCAAAAAUUCUCCCACCUUGUUUGACGAAGCUCUACAUGAGGACUUGGGUGAGUUCAGGCAAAAUCAUCCCAACCUAACUUUGUUACAAUAUGUAGAUGAUCUCCUUAUAGCUGCUGAAAACUGGGAUGAAUGCAUCCAAGGGACAGAAGAUUUACUCCAGACACUGGGCACCUUGGGAUAUCGGGCGUCAGCAAAGAAAGCUCAAAUCUGCAGACCUGAGGCACCCUCAGCACUCAACCCUGCUACACUGCUUCCUGACCCUGACCUGGACACACCCAUACAUGACUGCUCGGAAAUCCUAGCCCAGGUUCAUGGGCUCAGAGAAGACCUGCAAGAUUAUCCGCUGCUUGAUGCAGAUGCAGUAUGGUUCACGGAUGGGAGCAGCUUUCUACAUCAGGGUCAAAGGUAUGCGGGUGCAGCAGUAGUGACUGAGACAGAGGUGAUUUGGGCUGAGCCCCUACCAAUAGGCACCUCUGCCCAGAAGGCAGAACUGAUAGCCAUGACUAAGGCCCUAAUGAUGGGAAAAGACAAAAAAUUGACUGUAUACACGGACAGUCGUUAUGCCUUUGCAACUGCCCAUAUUCCUGUGGCUCCAGUUUUUGGAGCCACCAACUUGAGCCCAUAUCAGCCUUAUGAAAUCACCUGGGAAGUAACUAACCCAGCGGCAAAGGUUCCCAGCUUGACUGUGACUGAAUACCACCCUUUAUGGACGUGGUGGCCUGAACUGCAAGUAGACCUUUGUACCUUAGCAAAUGGGGCUUUUUCAGUGCGAACAGGUACUAUUAGUGUUAAUGAAGAAUUACAUCUAAGUAAGCGGGCCCUUACAGAUACAGUUAGUGGGAGAACAAGAAAAUUUAACUGUGCUUAUACCCGCGGGAGGGAGGAACUUCAGCGUCUCCCCUUCUAUGUGUGUCCUGGUUAUUCUCACCAGAAAGAAUGUGGAGGGGAAGAAUCUUAUUUCUGUGCUAAGUGGGGAUGUGAAACUACAGGGCAGGCUUAUUGGAUAAAAGCCUCUCGUGACUUAAUUGAAGUCAAGCGAGGGAAAAAAACCAGAUUCAUGUAA